AAUCACCAAAUCCUCUGAAUAAAUCCCCUCGAUUCGAAAUAAUCCAAGGCCGGACCAAACAUCAUCAUGACGUCCCAACUGAAGCCAAUCAAGCUCUGGGGUCACGCUGGGCCCAACCCCAUCAAGGUCGCCAUUGUGCUCGAGGAGCUUGGUAUCCCCUACGAGACGGAGAAUAUCCCAUUCUCGGAAGUCAAAAAGCUACCGUACGUGGCGAUCAAUCCGAACGGCCGCGUGCCAGCCAUUGAGGACCCCAACUCUGGUCUCACUCUGUGGGAAUCUGGAGCCAUCAUCGAGUACCUCAUCGAGAAAUACGACACCGACAACAAGCUCAGCUUCCCUCGCGGCAGCAAGGAGGACUACCUGGCGAGGCAGUGGCUGUACUUCCAGGUCUCCGGGCAGGGGCCGUACUACGGUCAGGCGGUCUGGUUCAACAAGUUCCACCAAGAAAAGCUGCCCAGCGCGGUGGAACGAUACGUCAACGAGAUAGGCAGGGUGACCCACGUCCUAGAAGGCUACCUCGCAGCGCAGAAGGCCAAGGGCGGGAGCGAUGGGCCUUGGCUGGUGGGCAACAAGCUCUCAUUCGCUGAUCUCGCCUUCAUUCCGUGGCAGAAUUACACCUUGACAGGUUUUAUUGAGGGAUUUGAUGCGACAAAGUAUCCGGUCGUCAAGGAGUGGCUCGAGAAGAUGCUUGCGCUUCCCUCGGUGCAGGCAGCCCUCCCCAAGGAGGGAUGAUCCAUCAUCUCGGAGGGGCAAAUACACAGGGGUCGCAUUCGAAGCCAGCAUAGCGGUGUGAUAAUGCCUUUGAGAUUGAUCAAGAUAUCAUCUAGACAAUGAUAAUCAAGACACAUGACGCAGACCCUUCGAU